UUUUUUUUUUUUAAUUCACACUUUUAUUAUAAUAGACCGAGUUUAAUUUGCGAUCUUUCACUUGAACUUAUUGCGUUAAUGGUUUAGACCUUUUGUAUUCCACUUUUCCAAACUUCUCUACAAAUUGUACAAAUUGACGAAACAUAGUGGCCAUCUGUAACGACUAAGCAUUCGAUAUUACUAUUCGACUGUUUUAAUUCGCUUCGAUUUCAAGUAAUGGCGGAUCGUAGUGAGGUAGUUCCAGAAGAAGCCAAUACCACUAAACAAAACUUUACAACAUGUGCGAAAUGUGGACUCUUAAUAGUUGGACAAUUUGUACGGGCUUUGGGAGGGACAUACCAUUUAGAUUGCUUCAAAUGUCAGUGUGGAACUAUUGUUGCCGCUAAAUUCUUUCCGAUAGAAGGUCCAGAUGGAAAACAAUACCCUUUAUGUGAACGAGACUAUUUUCGACGGCUAAAUCUCAUCUGUGAAAAGUGCGGUGGUGCUCUUCGAGGAUCUUAUAUUACCGCUCUUGAUAAGAAGUAUCACAUUGAACACUUUACCUGUUCUGCUUGUCCUACAGUGUUCGGCCCUCAAGAUUCGUAUUAUGAACAUGACGGCCAGGUUUACUGCCAUUACCAUUACUCUACUCGAUUUGCGGUCAAAUGUGCGGGUUGCCAAACUGCUAUUCUAAAACAAUUUGUAGAAAUUAAUCGAAAUAGUAUUGACGAACAUUGGCAUCCCGAAUGUUAUAUGAUCCAUAAGUUUUGGAAUGUAAAAUUGUCGAACCAUCCAGAUGAUAAACAAGGUUUGGAAAAUGAACAAGAGGCUACGUCGCCCGAAGAACUUAAAAACAAGCAAAAAGCCAUGGAAGAAAAAGUUUAUAAUAUAUGGACAGUGCUUUCUACAUUUGAAGAAAUGUCGGCAGCGUGUAUUUCGGAUAUGCUUUUACAUGUGUCAAACGGAUCUUAUUUUGAUGGUGUAAGAAUGGCUGAAAAAUUUAUAAGUCAUGUUGAAAUAUUAUUUUCUGCUAUUGAUGAUUUAGAAAAUCAAUUAGUACAAACAAGCGGUCAAGGUCUUCAACACAAUAGGGAAGCAAAAAUGCUUUGUAAAAAAAUAGUUAAUUUUUUCUCCCUAUUAUCGCAUUCAAAGGAAACAGAUGUUAGACAAAUGGGUAUAACACAGGAACUCUUAUCUUUAGUGACAGGGUUAGCACACUACCUAAAAGUAUUGAUUAGGAUCGCGCUUACAGGUGCAUUGAAAUUGGAAAGAGAUUUUGACAAUACUAGGGCAAUAGGACAAUUCUUAGGUAAACUUGUCGAACUUACAAAAAAAGGUAGUCAACUAGAUAAAGACACGAAUAUAGAUAGUGAUAGUGAGGUUACGUCAGAUUCGUGUCAUGCAUGUCGCAUUACGGUUGAAGAGGAGUGUUACAAAUAUGGACAAUAUCGAUGGCACAUUGGUUGUUUGAGAUGUUCUGGAUGUUCUCGUGAAUUGCGAACAAUAUAUAAGGAUGCAUCUUUUAAUCAGAUAACGGAGAUGGCAUUUUGUCCAAAUGACACAAAUGAACAAUCAGCAUUAGGAUUCCAGUAUGUAACUCAGUUGGAACAGUAUACAUAUUUGUUACGUGUGGCACUAUCGCGCUUAUAUAAUUUACUCAGGAGAAAAGAUGAGGGUCAAAGUCAAUCGGAUAUCGAAGUUGAACGUGGGCGUAAAGAGCAGAAAUCGGAACCUGGACUUAUUCGUAAAGAUUCUAGAUCGAAAUCUUAUUCCAGUGGGGAUAGUUAUGAAGCUCGUAAUAGAACUGAUAUAAAACGUAUGAAGUCCGUUCACAUGGAUACUAAAUUAUCUAAUUCGGCAAGAUUUGCAACACGAUCCAGAAUAAUAGAACAAGAAUCGGAGCCCACAACGAGUUCGGUACCUAAUGAGAAGGACAAAUUAGCAAGAGCUCCUUCACAACACCAUGUUAGAAUCGUACAGGAUCAAGCAUAUGAGUCGCAAUCACAAGAAAAUAUGAUAAAAUUUGAUUCACAAAAUGAAGCUAUUACAUUAGCUGAUAUUUCUGCUAUAGCCGCAGCGGAAAUGGAAAAAAAUGUUCCUGAAGACAAAUCAAAUAAAACGUCAAGACGCAAAUCACGUUCAAAGUGUUAUUUAUCUGAGCUUUCUGCUUUAGAAUACUUUAUUGUUAAACAUGUAGCUGUCCUUGCAAUGGAACAGCUUUUGAAGGAGCAUUUUACGUUAGAAGAGCUGUUAGAUCUGAUUGGAUCAAAAAAAGCUACAUUAUGGACAAAAUUUGUUACAUCGAUUAAGCCGACAGAGAAAAAACCUAUAAAGAAAAAAGGCACAUUCGGUGUACCUCUUGAAGUUCUUGUCGAAAGAUAUGGUAUUGAUUCUGUGUUAAGUGCUGGCCCUGGUCGUAUAAGGAUUCCUAGCUUUGUCGACGAUAGUAUAUCUGCCAUGAAAACAAUGGAUAUGUCAGUUGAAGGUAUAUUCCGUAAAAAUGGUAAUAUUCGACGAUUAAAAGAUCUUAGCGAAGCGAUAGAUAAGAACCCCUCAGCGGUAAACCUUUCCGAGGAUAAUCCUGUACAGGUGGCUGCGUUGAUGAAAAAAUUUUUACGUGAUCUUCCUGAUCCGUUACUCACCUUUAAAUUACAUAGACUUUUUAUAACCUCACAAAAGCUUGUAAAUGAAGCAGAUCGUAAAAAGAUUUUACAUCUUACGUGUUGCCUUUUACCGAAAAUUAAUCGUGAUACUAUGGAAGUUCUCUUUAUAUUCUUCAAAUGGGUAGCUUCGUUUUCUCACGUAGAUGAGGAAACAGGAAGCAAGAUGGAUUUGCAUAAUCUCGCCACAGUAAUUACACCAAAUAUACUAUAUUCUAAAUCAAAAGAUCCAACUAAAGAUGAUUCAUUUUUAGCUAUUGAGGCUGUACAUAGUUUACUUAAUUAUCAAGAUGAUUUCUGGGUGGUCCCAGAAGAUUUAGCAGCAAUUUUACACGAUCAAGAUCUAUUCAGUAAUCCUGAAGGGUUAACUACAAAAGAUAUAUUAAGACGGUGUGAAAAAUUUGUUUCUUCAAAAAAAGAUAAUUCAAACAAUAAUGGCGAAGGACCAAGUUCUGGUAAUGGAGAAGUACAAGUCGUACGUCAUAAUAACCCACAACAUCAGACAUAUAUUGAGCAAGGAAACAGUGAAAAUCAAAAUCCUAAUUCUACUAAUAUAUAUCCAGCUUCAUCAUCAUCAUCAUCAAUUGUUAAUAAUGAAAAUUCAAUUCCAGUUGAACAACGAGCAUCUUGAUAAAAAAUUAUACAUAUUUAUAUACUCUUUAUUAGUUUGUUAGAACAUUUAUUAUUUCUUUUUUUUUAGGAUAAAAUUUGAAGAAUGAAUUAUUUCAUUACUAUGAUUAUUAUUUUAUUAUUUAUUUUAUUUAUUUAUUAUUUCACUUAAAAUGUAUUCACGAGGGUAAGGAAAAUUAGGGAAAAAAUGGGUCAAAGCCUGUAAAGCCUAGAAAGGCAACAAAAAUUAAUCGGAACUGGUUUCUGUCCUAACAAUUGUUUUUAUUAUAUUUUAGGUUUUGCGACUUUUUGGUUGUUUACAGUUAUAGGCUUUAUUUUAUUUAUUUUAUUUGCUUAUUAACAAUUUAUUUGAUAUCCAGUAUCAUUUUAUAUAUAUAUUA